GUCCUGUUGGAAAGUUUGUAGAAGAAGAGAAGCCGGAUGUUUUGGGGACCAGCUGGGAAAGAGGAUAGAUAUUUUUUUCUCCAGAAGUUGCGCAUUUAUAACUCCCAGUGUUUCAAAGGAGUAAUUAGCACGUUCCGGGAGUUUAUGACUGCGAGACAACUUCGGUUUUAAGUUCCCCUCGAUAUAAAACAAAUGGCUCUACAGGAGAGAAAACUUUGACAAAGGAUAAUUUGGAACAGAAUGUUUGUUUACAUUUAAAACGUUCAGUCUCUGAAACAGAUUCCGAAGACACGGGUUAGUUUGUUUUCAAAAACAUCCCACCUAAUAUGAGCAGUUUGCGUUUUCAGUGAUCGGCACCUGUUUUUUUUCUUCUUUUUUUUUUUUGUACUUUCAGAAGAAAAAUGUCAAAUAAUCCCAAAAAGAAAAAACGAAACAAGUUGUCCUCAACUUCACGCGAAGACGAAACGGAUGCAAAACGCCAAGAUGGUACCCCUGUAAGGAGAGGGGACAAAAGAAGGAAGGAUAACACGUGUUAUAAGAGCCGCACAAAAGAACAGAGAAAAUCUGCUAAAGAUGGUUCCCGCAGCGCCCGGCAGAUUAAAAAAGCCGUCUACAGGCUGCCGACAACAAAACUUAAAGAACUGAAAGCCGCACGUAAAGAAGAGCAGCUUAAAAACAGCAGGUGCGCGCAAUUUCACGGGGAAGGCUGCUCCAGCACAGCAGGAAUUGCCAGUGGAGUUAAAACUGUGGAAAGGGAACAGUCAAAGCCCGUUAAGACAAGCUGCGCAGCCUCACCCAGUCCGACAACAGAGAAGACUCUGAAAGACAAAUCAGAUAAAAGGUGCUCUCGGAGCAGCUAUUCUGAAUUAAAGCAUCAGCGAAUGAGUUGCAAGUUAGAUGCUGCUACACCCAAAAACCGUCAGGGUUUGGAGAAGAAGAUUGGACCGGCAAGAGAACGGCUUACAACGACAUACGACAGUAGCAACACUAAGACCCAAAUAAAUUGUCAGCAUAGCAGGAGCAGUUGUAUGGAUGCAAAAGGUUCCCCUGCUACGGUCCCAGUGGAGUCUUGCAUUUCAUCCAGGCCCUCUACCUUAGGAAAGAGUCUUAACAAGUGGAGGAGCUUCACUUCAACCCCCGAAAGCAACAAAUCGCCAUCGUCUAAAACAGAGUACCCACCACUCACUCCGAAACAAAUAAGCGCUCUAAAGUUUGUGCCUUUUAAAUUCAGGAUACCGAGAAAGGUUAAGGCUGGACCUUCGCCCAGCUCAGAUGGAAAUAAUAAUAAUAAUAAUAAUGCUUCUUCAAACCAAAACCUCAAGCUUACGGGUAACAACGAUGGCUUUGGAGUUGUAGCGAAGAAUGCUGAGCCAGGAACUGGGAAACCUGGCAGAGUUCUGGCAGGCUCCUUCUUAUUCUCCAUUUAAAGAGCAAAAUAGGAGAUCCUCUUUGCCUGACCAGCUCCCACCAGAGCACCCACCAGCAGGAGAUGCAAACUGUGACCGAUCAUUUGACCAGGGUCAAGUGGUUGAAGAGCUGCAUCUUGCUCGGUCUGAGAAGAGGCUGGAGGUAGAUGUGAUGCAGAGCUACGGUGAACUCACCGGCAUGGACAUAGAUUUUCCUGAGGAAGGAGCAGCAGAGUAUUCCAGGGAGCCCAAACAGAAAAACCUAAUCCUCGUUCUGGACACCAACAUUCUCCUCAGUCACUUGGAUUAUGUGAAAAAAAUCCGAUCUUGUGGCCUCGAAGCGUUGGGUCACCCUAUGGUCCUGAUCCCCUGGGUGGUUCUCCAGGAACUGGAUUGGCUUAAAAAUAAAAAAGGUCUCUCUGGGUCUGUGGCUCACCUGGCAACUCCUGCCAUCUCCUUCAUUUACAACUCCCUAAAGAAGCGGGACCCCCACCUGUGGGGGCAGUCCAUGCAGCAGGCCACUCAGAUAAGCAAUGGUCUGAAUACGGAGAAUAAUGAUGACAGAGUGCUGCAGUGCUGCCUGCAAUACCAGAAUAUGUACCCAGAGUGUGCUCUCAUCUUAUGCACUAAUGAUAAAAACCUGUCCAGUAAAGCUCUCCUGAGUGGAGUGAGGGCUCUUAGCAAGACUGAUUUGGAGGCGGAGGUCAGGAGACCCAGACAUGGCCACCAUUUCCUACAGAGCAUUCAGUCUCCCAUCCUGUCUCGUUUCGUCCACAACGUCUCAUCUUCGACGUUGAGCCCAAGCUGCACACCGGUCCGGCCUCUCGUUCAGGAUAGCGCACAUGUUUCCGUAGCCACCCCAGAGAAAGACCGAUCUAUUAAUACCCCCCCGGUGAAAGAAGGAGUCUAUAAGGAGGCAGAAUGGGACCUUAGCGGAUAUCUUUGGGAACUAGAGGAAUGUCUGCGUGAUGUGCUGUCUGAAGUGCUGGAGACCGAAAUGAAAGCGGCUUAUGAUGACCUCUGGCUGGAGAUUGUCUACAUAAAACCACCCUGGAGUCUUCAAGAUAUCUUGCAGUGUUUUAAGAAGCACUGGAUCGCUGUCUUUGGACAGGUUGUUCCACGGAAGAUGUCGGAAACUGUAGCGAACCUCAUCAGCUUCUUUAGCACAGGUGAAACAGUAACAACUUUAUCGUUUCUCCAAGAAACCAAGGAGUUUGUGAAAGUAUUUGGGAAAAGCUCGAAACAUGUUCCUGAUGCCGUCACUUUGAUUGAAAAUAUUUUGAAUAAGCUACAAUCACAGCACCACUUGUCUGCGGAGCAAGAGUUGUCUGCUGGGGAUGUUUUCAUGAAUGAUGAAGAUGAUUUGGAUAAGCAGGCUGCACCGGUUCGCGUCUCCCCGCAGGAAGUGUGGUCUGUGUUUGAGAAUAUCUGGUCUCAGGUGUACCAGACAAGUUUGGAAGUGUUCAAAGCGCUCAGCUUUGACCCUCACACCAUGCAGGCUGCUACGCCAAUGGGACGUCCUCCGCCACCGCAGGACGCUUUGGCCUGUUUGCACAGACUGUCCUCGAUGGUUUCACAGCUGCUGCAAGCGUUCAGCAGGGUCUUGUCUUCGACUCCUGGUUUAGAGGAAGUCCAGGCACUGUUCAGUAUUAUCUACUCCAAUAAGCUCGUCAGUGAAGAUGCCAGGUUAACAACUAAAGACCUUCUGGAUUGUUUCUCCCAACCAGUCUACAGGGAGAAGCUCGCAGUUGGAGGGAACCAGUUAUUGGAGCUAAAAAAGGCCUUGGAUGGUUGUGUUCAGACCACAGGCCAGAACUUCGCCUUCACCACACCAUGCUGAUGAAACUCAGGGUCCCAUUAACUAACACCAACCACCCAGAUGCCUGAAAUAACCAACCUGUUCCUUGAAUUAAAAGCUGUUAGUUCAUGGCAUGUCUGUUCCGGGGCAUUCUUGCACGAUUUGUUCAUUUCUAAACAUGUAACACAAAAUGUAACACACUGUUUUCUGAGUUAAUGAUUAUCUAGUAAGUUGAAAGUCUUUUUAUUCUGGACUACUAUUAUGUUGUUCCCCAGUAUUUAGCAAAUCAUUUGCAAAUUUUUUAUAUUUUUUCUAGUAUCGUAUCACAGGUCAAAUGUUUUUUGUUUGUUUUUUGGUUUUCAGAGGCCUUUCAUGUUUCAUGUAAAAUAUGAAGUUUUAGCUCUCAGGUAUACAAUUCAUGCUGUUCUCGGACCAGACGAAUGUGUAAAGAAGCCGCGUUGUGAAGAUUUUUUUUAUUUAGCUUUACAAGUGUUUUUUGAAUAUUUUUAUACUGUAUUUAUGGCUGGGCCUUGUUUAAAAUUAAACUAUGUUGACACUUGUUUUAUUCAAGUGUCGCUCUGUUUCUUAAAAGAGAAAAGGGGAACUUGUAAUAAAACCUUCCUUCAAAGCAACACUAAGAGCCAUAGGUAAACUAUGCUGGACCUCUAACAUUUACAGUGCAUUGCAAAAGAGCUAUAUUUUUUUUCCUGUUACAGCCACAAAUAUAAUUUUCAUUGUUGUAGCUCGUGAUCUGAAUGGGAAGGAAAUUUUAACAAGCAAAACUUCGAGAUGUGGCGUUUGCGUUUACACAGUGUCUUCAGUCAGAGGCCACUCCAGAGCCGCUGUAAGACAGACCCCUACAGGAGAUCCUUCUGACCUGCAGCUAUUACCAUCUACAACUCGUUGAAGAAACCCUUGUCACAUAAGUUACACCAGCAUUUAAUUACCCUUUGGCAUUAAUAAAAUAGUUUAACUGAAUUCAAUUUAGCCCCCUAAGUUUGUUCAUAUUAUAUAAAUUAUAUAAGAACUUAUAUAAUGAAUACAUUUGCACAACGCACUUUUCAGUUUUUGUAUUUGCAAUCAUGUAUAAUUUUCUUUCCACUUCACAGUUGUACACCACUCUGUGUUGGUCUUUCACGUAAGAUUCCAUUGAAAUAUAUUUGUGGUUGUAAUGUAAAAAAAUGUAGAAAUGUUCAAGAGGUACGAAUACUUUUGCACGCCACUGUAGUUUCAACGAAGUGCUACUUCCCACCUUUGUGAUAGUCGUUUGGUGAGCUGCGUUUUUUUUUUUAAUUUUCAGUCGGUUAUUUCUUCAGACUCCAUAAGAUACGGUCCUAACCUCGUUGUUUAUGGCCUUCAUCAUGAUUUUUUUUCCCCCUCACCAAAUUACUGCCCGGCACCUUCAUCAAAGGUGUGGAAUUUAAAGUUGCGUAAAGAAUUGAAAUAAUAUAUUUCGGUUUGCGGGCUACACUUGGAAGCAAUUGUUUUCCCUCGCAGCAAGAAGGUCCAAGUUUGCUUGUGGGUUCCUCCCACUGCCCAAAAACAAGACCGUUAAUUGCUUCUUCUAAAUUGUCCUCAAGUAUGAACGUGUGCGUGUAUAGUUGAUUGCCCUUCAAGGAUGGGCGGGUGUAGACGAUGGAUAGAUGGAAGACUAAUGGUCUUAAACUCUUGAUUAGCUGACAAACAGCAUAAUUGAGAUAAAAAUGAAGGAAAAACUAAUUAUUCAGAUUAUCCAACAAACCGAAAGUUUAAACAUAGACUUUUAGUUUAAAAAAAAAUCACUGAAAAAAUAAGAAUGAUUUGAAAAGGAGGGUAGGUGUGGUAAAAUAUUAUUAUUUUCUUUUUAAACUACUGUUGUUGCUUUUAAAUGCCUGAAAACCAAAGAUAAGCCCAGAACAAAUACCUGGCUUGUUAGUUUGAAGACUGAAGUUACUGGUGUGUGAUUGUGCCUUGAACAGAAGAGUUUACACCAACAACCAGCGCUGUGUUUCAAACUGGAUUCAUAUUAUUUUGUGUACAACCUUUUCUACUUGUAAAUUAAACAUUACACUGACAUUUUGCACCCA